GGUGCACCUCGUAUCUUGGCGAAGUGGAACUUGCACAGCGAAACCCACUGCAGCCUCAGGAAAGGUGGCAAACACAAGCGGCAGGGCGUCCAGUGGCAUUGGUUGAGUCCCUCUCACAGCCACAUUGUGUCAGGCCGAGCUCACAGCCAUGUCCCUUCCUCGAUCACAGGCUUACCCUUGGACCAGCAUGCUCUCUUCCGGCCCAGAUGACCACCGAGCUGGAGAAUGUUUCUUUCGCGGUGGUGCCUGCUUAAUGGAGAAUGCAUUGUGCGCUUCAAGUUACAAGUUGUCAACAGCCUCUUUUUUAGAAACACUUUGAGAGGGGCUUCCGCAGUAUUGCAGCCGUCUGCUGGAGCCACCCAGCACUGCAGCGAUCCGCUAGAGCCACCUAGACUUGACUAUCAACAUUAUCAGAACCGGAACCACCAGAAUCACGGCCAUCUUUUUGUUGGGGUAAUGGGGAAGGGGCUGUCAUCAACGAGCCUUUGGAAGGAAGGGUGCUGGGGCUCCACUCAGAGCCGCUUUGCCUUCACUACUGACAAGAAUGUGACUUUGAAUGGCACUCAGAGACAUUUGCAACUCCUCAGCAGUGCUGCGGCUUCUGAACAAUCUAGUCUAACUCCAAGGGCAGGUGUCCCAAAGGCUUCUCUCUGCAAGUUGAAAAGGACCGUCACUCAUGGCACCGCCAAUGGUUCUCCUCACAAAGCAAUCGGCCUCGACUCGUCUCGCUCAACAAUGAGAGGCCUUGCCGUCCUGCGAGCGAUUGGUGCGGCUGCAGCAUUUGAGAACCAUCUGACUGGGCGAGUGUCCAGACCGGCUUUGAACACCUUUCGGAACUCGAGCACUGUUACAGCCGCAGACACAAAGAGUGCUGGGGCCACAUCAGAGACUGAGCGAACACCAAGGAUCUCAACCAAUGAACGGUCCCGCUCUGAUCCUCGUUCCCCAAGCCCCCCUGCUCUGAACUUGAACAAGCAUCGGGCCGGUGUGUCAAAAGGUUCCGGCUGGACGGCAGACAGGGCCCGUUCCCCUGGUGAGUCGAGCGCAACUGAGAAGCGGCCGCUUCCGCCGCUCGCGAUUGUAGAGAAGCUUCUCAAGGUCAAGGGGGGCUCUGCCUCUCUGCCUUUGCUGAAAGAUGAUUGGUCAGAAGGGGGCCGGAGGAGGGGGGGCGUCGAACGGCACACAUCGGCAGAUCGGAAGCCGGAUGGGAGUGGGGGGCAGUCCGUGCAGGCUCAACUGGGGGAGAAGGGAAUCGUCCUGCCAGAGUAUGGGCCAGGAUCUUAUAGAAUCCUCUGUCCAAAGUGCAAUGGUGGAAGCUCCGCAGAAGCUGCCCUCAGUGUCACCAUCUCCAAUGGAACCGCCGUCUGGUGCUGCCAUCGGGCCACUUGUGGCUGGACGGGGCGUGCCGGAGCCAGCCGAUAUGUUCCCUCCUCCUCUCAAGGUGGUGCUCCUUCAGGCUCCGCCCAGGGUAAUUUCGUGCGCCCCCCAAAGCGGCCUCCCAAGCUGCCCCGCCCUGAAGACCUGUUGGAUCUCCCCCCGGAGAUGGUUGACUUCUUCAAUGGGAGGGGGAUAAGCGAGGCGACUCUAGCGCGGAACGGGGUUAGGAUGCAGGUCGCAUUCUGCCCCCAGAAGAAAGAAUCGGUGCCGGCGGUCGUGUUUCCGUACUACUGGGGGGGCGAGCUGGUGAACGCCAAGUACAGAACACUGGACAAGCAGUUCUGGCAGAUCAAGGGGGCCGAGAAAGUUUUUUACGGCAUCGAUGACGUCAUCGACAGCGAGACGGUCAUCAUUGUGGAAGGCGAGAUGGACAAGUUGGCCCUGGAAGAGGCCGGCUACAGGAACUGCGUCAGCGUGCCAGAUGGGGCUCCCGCCAAGGUAUCAUCAGACCCGUCCGCGCCAACCCCUUUCAGUGAUCGUAAGUACUCAUACGUCUGGACCUGCCAAGAAGACCUCAGCAAAGCGUCCAAAUUCGUACUCGCAACGGAUGCGGACGGUCCGGGGCAGGCGCUGGCCGAGGAGUUGGCGCGUCGGCUGGGCCGGGAGAAAUGCUGGCGGGUUAAUUGGCCGUUUAUGCCCGACGGGAGGCGGGUUAAGGACGCUAACGAGGCGCUUAUGGCACUCGGAAGGGCGGGGGUGAAAGCGGCAGUUGAGGGGGCUGAGCCGGUUCCAGCUGUCCAGACUUCGGACCCUGACCCAGCUGUAGAUGGGGCUUCCCACGAGCAGACAAGGAUUAGUGGGUCCGGGGUAGACGCGGGGUCAGGGUCUCGGGGCGAAGUACCGGGAUCUGGGGUCAAUGACGCGGGGCGGAACGAGAUGGGUAAAUUGUUCGAAAGUACAAAGAGGGGAAGCGGAUCUGAAAGACCGAAGGAGACGAGGCCAGUUUUGCAAGCCUCUAGCAAAGGUCCUGGUGGGUCGCAACACUUUGCGGGAACAGCUCCAAGGUUCGGAAGCGCAAAAGGGGGCUCGUUCUCACCCGGCAGUGUAUCCACGAGAGCAGCGGCUCUGCGUGCGAUACCAGGGCCGGUGGAGACAGGCACCGGGCUCGGAUGGUCGUCGUCCCAUCUAAAGGUCCGUUCCCUGUCGACAAGGUCCAACGGUUUCGUUUGCAGCGCAGUGCGCGGCGGUCAAGGGGAAGCCGCGCACAGCAACGGGGAGGCGGCGGGGGACGAAGACGUGGCUUUGGACGGGAAGCCAGUGGCGCCACUUGUGAAGCGAGGCGCGCUGGCCAUUCCUCGGAGGAGGUCGGCGGUUGUGGUAGGAAAAGGGGGUGGGGAGCAGCCUUUGGGGAGUAGUGAGUCGCUGCAUUUUGCAGCAAGGAAUGAUGAGGAGAGUGAGAGCGCGGAACGAUUUACUGCUCGGGUCGGAGUAAGUUCGGAAAGUGAGCGGGUUGUAAAUUGGUGGGAAAAGGAGUUCCCCGGCGUUGUUUCCCCUGGAUACUUGGAGCCGCGGCAGAAUCCGGCGACUGGGCGACGAGCUUUCAUACCGGAUGCGGAAGCACGGGCAAUUGGGGGGCAGAACGGAGGGUCUGCUGACGCACCAAAAGUGCGGAAAGUCAGGCUACGGAGGACAAAGAGUGCGCCAACGCUGGAGGGUAGCGGAGGAAAUAAUCUGACAGCAUCGCAGGCGCCUCUACCAAGUUUGUUUCGGACAAAUGCGGGUGUUUCCACCAAGCAGGGAGAGGGUUUGCACAAGGGUGCAGAUCCGGGCAGAGGACACGUUACAAGCGCGGGGAAACAAGGGUCCAAUGGCGUGGUCGGUGAUUCAGCCCCGGUCGGAAUCAAAAGAGUCGCGAAGACCCUUCCUGACGGUACAGACCGUACUCGAGCAAUAUCAACCACAGCCGGCUCAAACACUGCGUCUGAAAGCGGUGCGAUUGCGGGUUCGCCAGCGAGUUCGGACCUGACAACCGAGCGGACGCAACACGGGGAGAGCGAAUCGGACGGCCCCCCGAGCAGUCCGGCAGCGUCCGGACUGAACGAGGAGCAGCUGGCGGCGGUGUUUGCCCCGGUGGGUCCAGUGCGCGUGGUGGCGGGACCCGGGUCAGGGAAAACCAAGGUGCUGACCAACCGGGUUGCGCACCUGGUGCUCGACCGGGGGGUGAAGCCCUGGAACACGCUGGUGGGCACCUUCCACGGCAUCUGUGCGCGCAUCCUGCGCAAGUCCGUCGCGAGCAUGCCCGACUGCGGCCGGACCACGACUUACGUCAUCUAUGACGAAACCGACUCCGCGUCCCUCCUCCGCAACAUUCUCAAGAAGGUCCCGCGUUUCGACCCGGCAAAGAUGAGUGUGAAGGACCUCAUGGACCGUCUCGGGAAAGAAAAGGCGUGGCGGCUCAGGCGAGAGAUCGACGGCCGCCAGCAGGGGGAUCCCUCCGGCCGCCACGUAGUCCCACUGAAGUCAGCACUUGUCAGCGCAGGAGGGGAGGAGUCUCCCUUGGGGAUGGAUCCCAUACUCCAGUCCAUAGCUGCACAGUAUGAGGCCGAGCUUCGCAAGUGCAACGCAUUCGACUUUAUGGACCUGCUGAUAUGGGCCGUUCGGCUGCUGCGUUCGUGUCCGUCCGAACUGCAGGCGUACCGCGAGUUAUGGCAGCAUCUUCUGGUGGACGAAUUCCAGGACACGGACUUCGCCCAGUACGAGCUGGUGCGACUCUUGGGCGAGAAGAACCAGAGCGUGUUCGUUGUGGGCGACAUGGACCAGUCUAUCUACGGGUGGAGGGGCGCCGACUUCCGCAACAUGCAGCUGCUGUUCGAACGGGACUUCCCAGGGGGGCAUGAUUACCAGCUGCGGAAGAACUAUCGUUCGACCAAAAACAUUCUUCGGGCUGCUGAGGCCCUCAUCCGGCAAAGCGAAGUGGAUCGCACGAUUGGGCGGCACAAGCCGUUGCAACUGACCCCCACGAAGCCUCACGGGCCGGUCAUCAAGUUCCUCGAGAGCGCAACGGACGAUGAGGAGGCGGCAAUGGUGGUGAGCCACGUGCAACUCCUCGUGUCGGCGCGGGGCCACUCCUGGGGGGACAUGGCCAUACUCUACCGCACCAACUCUCAGGCACGUUAUUCCCCCUGGUUCGGGGGUUCCGCACCAAGUUCGGAUCAUUCCUUGGGGAGCAUGGCGGUGCUCUCUGCGGGCAAUCUUACCCCUCUGAAGCGGAGCUUCUGUUUUGCAACUAGUUUAGAUCCCUUUUGGGGGGACGUGGCGGUUCUCGACUACACCAAGGUCCCCCCCCAAAAUUCCCGCAAGUUCCAGCAGCAGCUGACUGCGCGGGGGAUCCCCUUCGUGGUGGUAGGAGGGCUCAGCUUCUACGCACGAAAAGAGAUCAAGGAUAUUAUCUCCUAUCUGAAGUUGAUCGCCAACCCGCUGGACGAGGUCGCGCUUAACCGAGUGCUCAACGUUCCCAGCCGAGGGAUUGGGGAGAAGUCGGUGGAGAAGCUUCAACUGUGGGCUGCCUCCCUUGACAUGACGCUCCCGCAAGCCCUUCAUGAGUACCGGAAGCAGUUGCCAGACAGUCUCGCUCUCACCAGCCGAAUCAAGUCUGCCGUGCAGCGGUUCACUCUGCUGAUGGAUCAUUUGUCCGUGAUGAGCCAAACCGAGUCGCUGGACGUGCUGAUACGGGAGAUUCUGCAGAGGACGGAAUACGAGGCGCACAUCUUCACGACCAAGUCGGAGGACAUGGCGGAGAAGCGCGAGCGGUGGGAGCACGUCCAGGACCUGCGGCAGGCCGCGCGCGAGCACGAGCGCAAGAACGGGGCCGGGGCGGCCGCGCUAGCGUCGUUCCUAGAGGACGUGGCGCUCGCGGCCGCGGUGGACGAGGAAGGGGUGGAGGGGGGCGCGAAAAAAGCGGGCAAGAGCGCGCAGGCGGCGCAACCGGUCGUCAAGCUGAUGACAAUCCAUGCCGCAAAGGGCCUCGAGUUCCCGUGCGUCUUUUUGGUGGGCGUCGAAGAGGGCCUCCUUCCGGUGAACCAGAGCAUCCCCUACCCGGAACUCGUGGCGGAGGAACGCCGCCUCUGCUACGUGGCAAUUACGCGGGCCAGGGACCGAUUGUUCCUGUCAAGGGCCGAUACACGAUUCAUCAACGGAAAGGUGCUUUUCCAACGUGCAUCUCGGUUCUGGACGGAGCUGGCUUAGAGCGGCAGCGUCAUUCCACUAACCCACAAGAUAAUUCUCUCAAAUACUGCUGACAUCUGAAAACGCGUAGGGUCUGCCUUACCACUGGGGGUGCUCAUACUGUGGCUCUAAGUGGGCAGCCUUGGGUUGGCCUGUGACACGCACGUUCUGGGCCCCUGUUUGCAUGAAAAUAUUCAAUCUGCAUGAUUGUUGUACAGUCUGUUCAACUUGACACUUGAAAAAAUACCUUCUAAAAGCCCGGACGAGCCUAUGGAGUGAUUAUCUGAGGUCUCUUAUCCCCUAGUUGGAAAUGAUGACCACCAAAAUACCAAGUAAAACGAUCUAGGAUUGCACGUUG